GAAAUAUUUUUAAAAUUUAAAAAAGAGUGAAUUGGAUCACACCAGCUCACAUUCCAACCAAUCACCUCUCUCUUUUCCCCCCUAUUUUCCUCAAACCCCCCAAUAAAUCUCUUCAAAAUUCUGCAAAUCCCACAUUUGAUUUUCGUAUUUAACCUCUGAUUAAUCCCCCAUUGUUGCCACUGCGCCGCCGCCGGAUUAUUCUCACAUUUCAGUUCAAAAUGCUGAUUUCAGCAUGAAAGCUUAUUCACAUUAAUACAGUAUUUAUCAGUAGAUUUCUCCUCUCUGGUUCGGGAUUUCAAAUUUUGAUUGAUUCUCGCAAUGUUAUGCGGGAAAAGUCCGGUUAAAAGCGGAGGUGGAUCGACGGCGGCGGUGUAUCUGAACGUGUAUGAUCUCACCGCCAUCAAUGGCUACGCUUAUUGGUUUGGCCUCGGCGUCUAUCACUCCGGUGUAGAAGUUCAUGGAGUUGAGUUUGCAUUCGGAGCGCACGAGCAUCCAACAACAGGAAUUUUCGAAGGAGAGCCAAAGCAGUGCGAGGGAUUCACAUUUCGAAAGUCUAUCUUGAUCGGAUGGACUGAUAUGAGCGCUGCACAAGUGAAAGUUUUGAUGGAGCAACUUGCUGAGAAAUACAGAGGAAACGCAUAUAAUUUGAUCACCAAGAACUGCAACCAUUUCUGCAAUGAUGCCUGCAUCAAACUCACCGGCAAUCCCAUCCCAAAUUGGAUCAAUCGCCUCGCUAGGAUUGGUUUUCUCUGCAAAUGCAUCAUACCAGUGAACCUAAACUCCACAAAAGUUGGACACAACAACAAAGUGCAGGACAAUAUUUGUGAAGGGGUGAAAAAGAAACUCAAAAGCAGCUCAAAUUCAUCAUCUUCUUCUUCUUCAUGCUCCCCUCCUCCCAUGGCGGCAACCACCGGAAGCUCAUUGCUUGCAACGUAGUUAUCGAGUUGAAUACAUGCUGAAGGUCUCAAAGAUGUGUCAUGUUGAUUCUUUAUUUUUCUCUUGUGAUCUUCUAAUGCUGACUGAUGUAAUCUUUUUAUCUCUGUACAUGCGCAUGUUGACAUAUUUACACACACACAAGCCCUUCCCCGUCGAGAGGAGUUGAGAUCA